GAAGGAGGGAGGGAGGGAGGGAGAGGAGAGCGCGCGCGAGAGAGAGAGAGCGACAGAGAGAGCUCUGUGCGGUCGACGGAGCAGGGAUGUCCUCUCCCGCCCUGCUGCCGAGGACAUGGACGGCUCGAAUGGACCCGUAAUCCGGGCCGAAUUGUCCCCGCUCGCGCCCUCGCCGGCCGGCCGUCUCUCCGCGCGCCGCUCUGCGUGUUUACGGGAUUCACUGCGAACAACGUGACGCGCGCGCCAGCUCUGCGCCAGCCGGGGUAAGGGAUAAUUUCAACAUCGCUCUUCUGGCUUUUUUUUUUUUUAUUACAUUUUUAAAUUUUAUUUUCCUCCGCUCUCUUGGAUUGUAAAAUGACAACAGACAAACUACAUUGAAGAGUCUUUUUUUCUUUUUCUUCAUUCGGAGACGUUAAAGAUCAAAAUGCGCCAGCUGGGAAGUAAAAGGAAAUGAGAGGAGGAACAAAAAUAACCAAAAGAACUGGUGAAGUUUAAUUGAGUGAACUGGUAUUUUUUUUUUUUUACCUCGUCUGAAAUAUUGGCUCAAUUAAUAACAAGGCAAACGGCAGUGGCUUUAAAGUGGUAGUAUACGGCGAGGGCACUGCGGCUUUAAGUCCACAUAGCUAUUGAACCAAUACCCCCCAAACUCAUUUCUCCCUCUCCAAUAACAGCUCCAUGGGGCUCCGGUAAGGAAGAGGAGGAGAAAGGCAGCACGUAGAAAAUGCACACGUGCACGACAACCCUGAGCGCUUGGCUUACCUGCAUCCCAGUCAGCCGGAGCCACGCUGCCCUUUGUUUCCACCCAGAAAAUCCGGUGGAGCCGCAGCUGAAGAACUGGGGCUUUGAUUGGCAGCCGGUACGACACUGAGGCAGCGGGGUCGACGUGCCUGGCUGGCGCUGGGUGAAUGCUGCCCGGCGAGGGCAGGCGCUGAGGCGGCGGCGGCGGCGGCGGCAGCAUCCACUUGAAAAGAAGAAGAAAAAAAAAAAAAAAAGGAGGAGGAUGGCAUCCACGGGCAUGCAGAUAUUUGGAUUCGUCCUCGCCCUGUUGGGCAUCAUGGGCGCCAUGGUGGCCACGCUGCUGCCCAACUGGAAGGUGAGCGCGGACGUGGGCUCCAACAUCAUCACGGCGAUCUCCCAGAUGCAGGGUCUGUGGAUGGACUGCACGUGGUACAGCACGGGCAUGUUCAGCUGCACGCUGAAGUACUCCGUGCUCUCGCUGCCCGCGUACCUGCAGACCGCCCGCACCACCAUGGUGCUCUGCUGCGUGAUGGCCGCCAUGGGCCUCUGCCUGGCGUCCCUGGGGCUCAAGUGCACGCGCUGGGGAGGGGGCCGGCGCUCCAAGCGGCACGCUGCGAUCGCCAGCGGCGGCUGCUUCGUCGCCGCCGGCUUCCUGUGCCUGGUGCCGGCUUCCUGGUUCACCAACGAGGUCAUCACCAACUUCCUGGACUCCUCUGUGCCCGAGAGCAAUAAGUUUGAGCCCGGGGGCGCCGUGUACGUGGCCUUCGUUUCGGCGGGGUUCCUCUUCGUCGGGGGGUCCAUCUUCUGCAUGUCCUGCUCGGGCAAAAGGCACGGCCCCCAAGACAUGAUCCUGCUCCCUCCCCCGGACAAGUUGCUGCUCCAGCAGCAGCAGCAGCAGCAGCAACAGCUGCUCCAGCAGGAGCUCCAGCACCAGUACUGCUCCCUCUCCCCGUUAGACAACAAGACCGGCUACAGCCUGCAGGACUACGUGUGAUGGAGCAGCGCUCUACGGCCACGAGGAGACGAGCCUGAGGGGGGACGCCAUCGCGGCUUAUGCUACACACUGGGCUCCACUCCAGAUGGAGGUGGGGAAAAAAAAAAAAAAAAGGAGAGGGGAGGGGAGGGCAACGACUUUGAAUUAAUUUCCCCUUUCCCCUCCGUCUUGCACUUCCUUCCCUUUGGUCUUUUGCAAAGCACAAGCGGUGGAGGUACAUUCCCUCGGCGUCGCCUUGGAUCAAACUGAACUGAACGUGUGAGGAGGCGGGAUGAGGCGCUGCAGGAUGCCGCUAACCAAACGCAGAACUCCUUCACCGGUAAACCACAGAGAGAGUUCCCCAGGGAAUGGAUUAAGCAAAUAAGGAAGCCUUCCGUGUAGAUAGAUGUUUUUUGAUUCCCCACCCACCCACCCCUCGCCAAAGGUUUGAAUUCAAAAGGAAAAAAAAGCAAUCAUUUAGCUGCUAUUUACAAUCUGUCUGUGUCCACUCAAUUGACAAAAGAGGCAGUAUAACGCCUGAGAAACCGUUCCGUAGCGAGCCGUUGUAGUUUUCCACUAGAACGCUACGAGGAACUGAUCGAAAAAAAAACAAAUAGUCAUAUUUUUGUUAGCUACUAGAAUGAUGUUGAUAUUUUGCCUCUAAAGCAUGCUGCGUGGAGCCUGCCUGUGUACUGAUACAGCGGCAUGCCUGGUUAAAAAGAUAAUUAUAAAAAAGACUCAGACAUAGCCACAAAAUGCCUGUGCCUGAAAAGCUGUAGAAACAUUACCCAUGCUGCGAGUGUUCAGAGAGGACUGUCAAGAGGAGCAAACGGGGGGGGGGGGGGGGGACUGGCGGGCAGCAAUUCAGACAGAAAACGCAGACAAACAGUUGCCUGCUUCCCUCUCUCUGCGGGGUGAAAAUGCGAGAGAGAUGGAGAGGAAUUGACAGAGAGAGAGAGAGAGAGAGAGAGAGAGAAAGGGAGUCAAUGAAGAAGCAGAGUGCAGCGUCUGAUCUGUGCGGCUUUAUUUAUUUCUACCAAGACAAAAAACACACACUGCCUGUGAGUAGCAGCCGCCCCUCCCAACCCACCUACCCAUUUCUGCCCCACCACAUGCACAUCCACCCACCCGCCUGCGCUCUCCUCUGUGUGUGUGUGUGUGUGUGCACAGUAAACAAUCGCCGGCUUUCUACAUGUGCUUUUUGCUUGUGUCAUCCUCCUCCGCACUGCCAUGGAAACGGAAUUCGGCAUUCAAAUGACUGGUUUGUGGGGGGGGCGGCUGUGUGCAUGUCAGUCAGUGAUUUGAAGUUGUUUUAGAGGAAGAGGAGGAGGAGGAGGGUGGGGGGGGACAUCUUUUUCCCGUUGGCAUGGAUCCAGAAGCUUUAAAUCAGAGCUCACACUGCUUUCAUUAAUCCUCUUUAUUAGCCUGUUGCAUGGUCAGAGGUAAAAAAAUAAAAAUAAAUAAAAGGCCCUCUUUACUGCCCGCUGCAAUAGUUUUACCAUGCGAGUGACCUCCCAGGGAUGAACGGAUGUUUAAUGGUGCAGAGAGGAGGCAGAAAGGGAAGAGGCUUCUUGUUGUGGCGGGCAGCUAAAAAAGGUUUGAGUCAUUCCCCAGAUGUGACUUGUAUUCCAAGUGCGUCAGCAGUGCGCAUAUGCUGCCGGUCUGCACCUGCUGAAGGUCUCAGUGUCUUAAAACUGCAGCCACUUGACUAGGCCGCCAUUCCUCCGUUUCCUAUCCAUCACUCUACCAGCGCCCGCCUGCCCCCCCCGCGCGCUUCGCCCCCGCAGUCCUGCUUUUGUCUCAUCGAUGUCACAUGGAUGCGAUUGCUGACAAGAGAAAGCUAAUGCAUGCCGAAGGCACCAACAGACUCCCCUCCUACUUUGUUGUCGGUGGCGACAUCGGUGCGUCUGCUCUACGCCGACGGAGGGGGGGGGGGG